CCGACCAAAACUACCAAAUAAUCCAUACACUCUGCCGCCUCUGCUGCGUCUGCUUUCCGAGCCUCACACCUACCGCCAUGAGCUCCUCCUCUGUCCAGGUCACCCGCCCUCCCUCCAGCGCCGGCACCGGAAAGGACGUCGCCAACACCAGUGCCCCAGGAACCAUGAGCUUCGAUAUUAUAAGAUGUUCCAGGUGUCAGAAGAGCCUAAGUAUUGAGAGUGACUCUACGCCUGGGGUGGUUCGAUUCGGCAUGAACAGCUACUACUGUAGUAGAUGUGCUUCGAUGGUUGGCUUUAUCCGCUGAAUGAAUGGGCUUCUGAAAUACGGCUACGACGCGAUACUCUAUUCUGCCUCGCAACGAUGUCGGACACCAGUUUAUCGGAACCAUACACUACUACAAGUCGAACUCGAACUCGCACCGGAACCCUCCUCUCGUCAUUUAUAGACUGGGAAACCAUAGCACCUGAAUCUCGGCAUCGAUAAUCGUCGGCCUCGCCGGAUGGGUCAUACAAUAAAUGAAUGGCAUUCGCCCUGGACUACCUGGACACCUCGAUACUUCAGACAUGUUUCGAACGUCUUCACUGUGCUGGCGCAGAAUGGCCUAACGAGGCCAAAUAGCAUUGGCAGGUCCAGUCACUGUUUAUCAGCAAGUCCGCAGCCGCGUCGCUACCUCCGACAGUGUUUCCACAUACCAGUCGCGAUU